AUGAACCCCACCAGGAAAGUAGGUGCCCGGGCAGUGAUCUGUACUACAGGUUGUCUGCUGCUGCCGCUGCUGCUUCUCGAAGGAGCGCAGGCCCUGGAGUGCUACAGCUGCGUGCAGAAAGCAGAUGACGGAUGCUCUCCGCACAAGAUGAAGACGGUGAAGUGCGCUCCGGGCGUGGACGUCUGCACAGAGACCGUGGGGGCGGUGGAGACCAUCCACGGUCAGUUCUCGGUGGCCGUGCGGGGCUGCGGCUCGGGACUCCCUGGCAAGAAUGACCGCGGGCUGGACCUUCACGGGCUUCUGGCAUUCAUCCAGCUGCAGCAGUGCGCCCGGGACCGCUGCAACGCCAAGCUCAACCUCACCUCGCGGGAGCUCAACCCCGCAGGCAAUGAGAGUGCGUACGAGCGCAACGGUGCUGAGUGCUACAGCUGCGUGGGGCUCAGUCGCGCCGAGUGCCAGGGGACGGCGCCGCCCGUCGUGAGCUGCUACAACGCCGGCGACCGCGUGUUCAAGGGCUGCUUCGACGGCAACGUCACCUUGACGGCAGCGAAUGUGACUGUAUCCUUGCCUGUCCGGGGCUGUGUCCAGGACGAGUUCUGCACCCGGGAUGGCGUGACAGGCCCAGGGUUCACACUCAGUGGCUCCUGCUGCCAGGGGUCCCGCUGUAACUCCGACCUCCGCAACAAGACUUAUUUCUCCCCUCAAAUUCCACCCCUUGUCUUGCUGCCCCCUCUGAAGCCCACCACUCUGGCCUCAACCACUUCUGCCACCACUGCCAUCCCAGCCCCAACUACCCCCACCUCUACCACCAAACCCACCACAGCCCCAACCAGUCAGACUCCUCCACAGGAAGUAGAACUUGAGGCACCCUGGAAAGAGGAGUCCAGCUUGGCUGGAGGUGCCGCUGGCCACCAGGACCGCAGUAAUAUGGGGCAGUAUCCUGCAAAAGGUGGGGCCCAGUACCCCUCUAAUAAAGGCUCUGCAGCUCCCUCGGCUGGGUUGGCAGCCCUUUUGUUGGCUAUGGCUGCUGGUGCCUUACCGUGAUUUUCUCCACCUGGAAACUUCCCUUUCGCCCUACUUCCCUGGCCUUGGAUACCCUCCUCCCCUUUAUUUCCCCUUCCCACCACUGGACUGGGCUGGCCCAGCCUUUCAUUUUCUGACGUCCCCCAGUAUCCCCAGCUUCUGCUGCACUGGUUUGUGGCUUCAGGAAAUAAAGUUACUGUUGUAUAUAUCCUGCCAGGGUGUUCUAGCUUUUUGAAGGCAGCAACUAUAUCCUCCUCAUCCUUGUCUCUCCCUGGUGCUCUCAUGAUGUCCAGGACAGAGUGAGAGAAGUCAGCUGUCACAGAGAAGGCAGGAGAGUCGAUGAUAAGCUUCCUAUUCACUUUCUCCCAGCCAGCCUGGAAGACAGGGGCAAGGUGGGACAAUGGCUCCCGCCUCUGCGACUGCAGCUCCCACCCCUUCCCUUGUGAGAAUCAGUUCCUCGUCCGUCCGUCUUCAUUACUAGACUGUGAGCUCCUCGAGGGCAGAGACCAUGCCUUAUGCCUUUGUGUGAUCAGUUUCUGGCAAGUAAAGGCCUCAAUAAAGAU